UAAAAUAAAUUUUCUAAUAAAUUUCAUCCAAAACGCGAAUGAUUCAAACAAUUUAUGUAAAUUUCAAAAUUGGAAUGAACCCUAAACCCCCAAAAUCUACACCAAUAUGCUUAAAUCUCUAUACUAGAGGAAUUAAACGUGAAAAAGAAUGUUUUACUGACUUUUUUUGCCAUUUGCGUCUCUGGAAAAUUGGAGAAAACGCCGGUGGAAAUCGUGGAAGAACUGAUACGCGGUGAAGGUUUUUCAAACAGAAAGCGGUCCUAUAUGGGUAUUUUGGUCAUUGUACAAACUAUUGGUUAUAUUAAGUUUAAUAUAAAACGAGUUGGUUAAUUUCAGAUGCAGGUGGAACGAUUGCUGGGGCAUCAUCUUUGGCUCUUCGCUGAAUCAAACUUGACGUUGCUCUCUGUCUCGCCUCGAGACAAUCACAAAAGGCUUUUUACUUAUAAUGGAUUGGAGCUUCGUUCAUAAAACUUGGGAGAAGUGGGCUCCCGUCAAUGUUGGCUCUUCUGGGGAACCGUUGAAGGCAGCUUUGCUUAUUAACUAUGACCCCUCUGGACCCUCUCGCUUGUUGUCUACCAUUGCUGAGCAGGAAGGACUGAAAGUUAAUCCCAUUGAAUUGAGUCAAUUUGUUGAUUUUGUCAAACAAAAUAAACUCCAGACUCACAGCUUCAUCAUUGGGCCAAACCAAUAUAUAGUUGCUUCAAUUCACGAGAAUUGGUUUUGUGCAAGAUGCAUGAACACAUUAAAACCUGCUGGUGAAGGAGCUAUCGUUUUCCAGACAAAAGCAUUCCUUUUAGUUGCUCUGUAUGAUGGCUCAAUUGGCUCAGCAUCACGUGCUAUGCUGUCUGUUGAUCAAAUUGUAUGGCAGUUGGGUCGGAGAAAUCUUUAACCUUAUCUUUCAAAAUGGUACAAUCAGAAGCAUUUACCUUUAUCUGUACAAGCAUCUUCAAAGUGUCUUAAUAUUGCCGCCUUCUUUCCUUGUGUUGUUUAUCAUCAUCAUCAUAAGCAAUAGGCUUGCAGUGAGGUGGUCCAUUUGCAUGAAGCUAAAUCAUGUUAUCAUCUUUUCUAUUGUCCCCUGACUUAAUACUAGGCUUGUGUCGUAUGAUUAUUAAUCACUUAAUGCAGGUGUUAUGUGCUACAGAUUUGAGUAGUCAUUUCUUGA